AUGAACAUGGAAAACGACUUGAAGAAAGAACUGAAUAGAAGAAUGAGAGCAGCAUGGGCAGCAUUCACAGCCGUCAGGGAUGCUACGGACCAACUGACGGACCAAGAUCUUCGUGCCCAUCUGUUCGACUCGACAGUUCUUCCAGCGCUCUGUUACGCAGCAAAGACGUGGGCAGACACCGCUGCCACGUCUAGGAAGCUACUUACUACCCACAGAGCCAUUGAGAGAUGUCUUUUAAAGUUUAACCAGCGCACACAACAACUAGCCGGUCUUCGCAGCUCCGACUUAAGAGGAAUGUCCCGUCUUCGCGACCCAGUGGAAUAUAUAUCGAAAGCAAAACGUAGAUGGGUCGGUUACACCAUGAGAAGAACCGACGAUAGAUGGAACAAAAGAACGCCAGAGCGGAUCCCAAGAGAUGCUAAAUGCCCUCGAGGGAGACCGCCAACGAGAUGGGGUGAUGUGUUCGCUACACGGAUAUCCUUGAGCCGUAUCCAGCUGAGCUCUCAGGACCUCGUCAGCGUAACUCACGGAACUUAA